AUGCACUUUUUUGGUACUCACUGCCGGGGCACCGGAGACGUCGAGUCAGUGGCCAUAUUGCAGACAUCAAUUGAUGUCAAACUGAAAUUCCAUCUGCCCUGCCAAGGGCCUUGCCGGUCCGACGAUGCGCACAUGGAGUCAUCAAAUGGAGACUGGCGGCCAUGUUCUCGGUCAAACAGUGACAUGGAUCGAUCCACCGAUAGCAAUGCCGAUGGGAUGACAUGUUGGAUGGGAGUGGUAUGA